UUUAUUUAUAACGGAAGUCGGACAGACGGGACAUCACACGUGUUUUAGGGUUUGAAGGUGACAGUAGCGGUCCCAGCUCGCUGUAAUUCAGCUGCAGAGGGUCACCGGGGGUGUGCUCGGUUGUGAGACGACACGGAGGGCGAGAAUGGACCCCAUGAAGGCGCAGCAGCUGGCGGCGGAGCUGGAGGUGGAAAUGAUGGCUGACAUGUACAACCGAAUGACCAAUGCGUGCCACCGGAAGUGCGUCCCGCCACACUACAAGGAAGCAGAGCUCACCAAGGGAGAGGCAGUCUGUCUGGACCGCUGCGUGGCCAAAUACCUGGACCUCCACGAAAGGCUGGGACGGAAGCUGACGGAGCUCUCUGUCCAAGACGAGGAGAUGAUGAGGAAAGCAGCCACGGGGAGCGGGUAGAGCCAUGAGGGAGGACAUGGAGCAGCGCUGUCGGAGCUACGAGGAGAUUCUUUCAAUUAGAGAAAUGUCUUAAUGAUGGAUAACAAACAUGAAAAAAGAAUUAACUGGGAUGCUCCUCCUCCUGUUUUGCUCAAAAGAAGAGGAUGAGGAAAAAAGCCUUCAGCCUCUGAAUCCGUUUACCUCCGUGCAGCACGGCCUCAGAGGCAAUCGGCUGCUGAACACCGCCUGGAACGUAGAAGCUCCUCUUCAUUUUGCAGCUUCGAGGCAGCAGCUGCUGAUGCUGUUCAAUGUGUUAAUGUCAGGUUAAAGCAAUCGGAGUGAAUUUAGUUUGGGAUCACCCUUUGAAUUCAACUGUUGGGCUUUUAUUUUGAAGGUAAACACUUGUGGGACAGAAGAGCAUCAUCAGUUCUUCAUAUGUCACAGCAUAAAACAUGCAUGUGGGGAGAUGUUACUGUUUCUGUGAGCGUGAACACGACUGAUGGCUCUCCGGCUUCCAUCAACCUAUUUAACUUUUAAUCAACUGUAUGUUAUGUUCUUUAAAGCAAAAAAAAAAAAAAGAUAUUGGUCAUCCACAUCCUCCUGUAAAACCUCCAUAGAUUCAGGCUUUUUAUUCUUUGUUUUCUUGUGUCUGAAAUGUUCAUGUCUGUAUUAGAAAUGUUUCAAGAUAAAAACACCUUGUUAACAGUU